AUGCCCUGGCCCUGGCCCAGGCCCCAGCCCCCGCCCAGCGGCCCGAGCACCGCCCCCGCCCCGCCCCCCGAACAGCGCCCUUCCGCCCCCAGGAGCCCGGGCCCCGCCGCCCCAGGAACCCCGCCUCCGAGCCCGCCCAGCCCCCAAGGCCCCGCCCCUCCCCGCCCCACUCCGAGGGCUCCGCCCUCCUCGCCCCCACCCUGGGAAGGCCGCGGUCUGUACCCCACUGCUUCUGGAACCUGGCACUCCGCGCUCCUCUACCCCCAGGAACCUGCCCUCCGCACUCCCACCCCGGGACCCCAGUCUUGGCGCCCCGACCGCAGGAACCCCGCGUCGCGCAUCCCGCACCAGCCCACCGCUGGGAACCCCGCCCUUCGGGCAGCUCCUGGAGCUACCUUCUUACGCCUGGUUGCGUCCUCCAGAUCGGCUCUCUCAUGUUCCCGCGGUGCCCCCACUUUUCGGGGCUCCCCUUGGCCAGCGCAGGAGAUGACUGGCGCGUCCCCAGGUGAAGACUUCUUCCCCAAACCUGUCGCAUGGUCUUUGCUUUCUCCAAGAUUCCUUUUGGAGUCAGAAAUCACAAGAACUCUAGGCUGCUUGAGGUUUGCAAACGAACGGAAGGGCAGCAGGAAGUUUUCAUAGGCAGAGAAGCAGCAUCCCAAUAGUGUGGGGGGUCAGGUGUGCCGUUUUGAAGUAUGUCUCAGAGCACAGCCAUUAAAAUUAUACAGAGUCCUCAUCUGCUUUACUGUCUGGCUGGUUUGAACAAGACUGUAACAGGGCUCAGAUGAGAAUUAAAUGUCCACAUUUAAAACAAAAAAACUGCGUUUCAGCUGUUACUUAAGGUCAUUGCCUCUGAAGUAACACUUGGAUAAUUCUGAAACUUAUAUAGUGUU